CUGGGUGGCCCCUGAGCACUCCCUCAGCAUGAACUGCAUAUCAGACUUCUUCACCUAUGAAACCACCAAGUCAGUGGUUGUGAAGAGCUGGACCAUUGGGAUCAUCAACCGGGCCGUUCAGCUUCUGAUCAUCUCCUACUUUGUGGGGUGGGUUUUCUUGCACGAAAAGGCAUACCAGGUGCGGGACACAGCCAUCGAGUCCUCCGUGGUCACCAAGGUGAAAGGCUUCGGACGCUAUGCCAACAGAGUGAUGGACGUGUCUGAUUAUGUAACCCCACCCCAGGGCACCUCUGUCUUUGUCAUCAUCACCAAGAUGAUCGCUACUGAAAACCAGAUGCAAGGAUUCUGCCCAGAGAGUGAGGAGAAGUACCGCUGUGUAUCCGACAGUCAGUGCCCGGCGGAGCGCUUUGCGAGUGGGGGGAUCCUCACUGGCCGCUGCGUGAACUACAGCUCUGCGCUCCGCACCUGUGAGAUCCAGGGCUGGUGCCCCACUGAGGUGGACACGGUGAAAAUGCCUGUCAUGGUGGAAGCUGAGAACUUCACUAUUUUCAUCAAGAACAGCAUCCGUUUCCCUCUCUUCAACUUUGAGAAGGGAAACCUACUUCCCAACCUGACAGCUGCUGAUAUGAAGACAUGCCGCUUCCACCCUGAUAAGGCCCCCUUCUGCCCUAUCUUGCGGGUGGGGGAUGUGGUCAAGUUUGCAGGGCAGGACUUUGCUAAACUGGCCAGCACGGGUGGAGUUCUGGGCAUUAAGAUCGGCUGGGUGUGUGACUUGGACAAGGCCUGGGACCAAUGCAUCCCCAAGUACACCUUCACCCGGCUUGAUGGCAUUUCUCAGAAGAGCAGCAUCUCCCCAGGCUACAACUUCAGGUUUGCCAAGUACUACAAGAUGGAGAACGGCAGUGAGUACCGCACGCUCUUGAAGGCUUUCGGCAUCCGCUUCGAUGUGCUGGUAUACGGGAACGCUGGCAAAUUCAACAUCAUCCCCACCAUCAUCAGCGCCGUGGCAGCCUUUACCUCCGUGGGAGUGGGGACCGUCCUCUGUGACAUCAUCCUGCUCAACUUCCUCAAGGGUGCCGACCAGUACAAAGCCAAGAAGUUUGAGGAGGUGAACGAGACAAUGCUGAAGGUCGCAGCCUCGGCCAACCCAGUGUACCCCAGUGACCAGACCACAGAGGAGAAGCAGUCCACGGAUUCAGGGGCCUACUCCAUCGGCCACUAGCGCCUCUUCCCAGGGCCUCAUGCUCACCCUCAGGCUCCAGGCCUCCCAGCAGAGAACCUCACCUGGGCAAGAGGGG